AUGGAUGAAGACUCUUAUAGCUCAGGUGAUGAGGACUGUGAUUAUGAUUAUGACAAUGUUGACUAUUAUGGCGACUGUGACAUGGACAUAGUAACCGAAGGUGAAGCUGUAUCUGCUAAUGAUCCUGAAGAUGCAGAAUUCGACUGUCUUUCUCUUCAUGAAGUUGAACGUGUGCUCAAUGAAAAGGUAGCAUCGUUAGUGGAGUGGGCCAAUUUAACGCCGUCUUUAGCAAGGAUGCUUCUGCAUGUCCAUGAAUGGGAUUCUGAUAAAGUCUCUUCUUUAAUUAAUAUGAAUUUGGAAGAAGCUCUUGUUUCUUCAAAUAUUAAGCCUAAGACUGUGGGUACAACUUCUACUGCCGGCUAUUGUAUAGUGUGUGCAGAUGAUUCUGCUUCACAAAUGGAAACAUUGUCCUGUAAACAUGAGUUUUGUAUAAAUUGUUGGAGAUCACAUAUAGAAUCCAGGCUAUCCGAAGGUGUUGCAUCUAAGAUAGAGUGUAUGGAUUCACAAUGUAAUUUGUUAUGCCCUAGUGAAUUUGUUGUUAAAAUUUUAGAUAAACCUCAAUUAAGAGCUAAAUAUGAGAGAUUUAUAUUUCGCGAUUAUAUUACUUCCCAUCCAGAGUUGAAGUUCUGUUCCGGCAAGGAUUGUCAAGCCGUGAUUCGUUCUCGUGAAAAACAGCCAAAACGAGUUAUUUGCAAAAAGUGUAAAACGACUUCUUGUGUUUUGUGCGGUGUAGAUUAUCAUGCUCCUACCUCAUGUGAAACUAUACGCUUAUGGUUGGUGAAGUGUGCCGACGACAGUGAAACUGCGAAUUAUAUAAGUGCACACACGAAGGAUUGUCCUCAUUGCCAUACAUGCAUCGAGAAGAAUGGAGGCUGUAAUCAUAUGCAAUGUGCGAAAUGCAAGCAUCACUUCUGUUGGAUGUGUUUUGGAGAUUGGAAAACACACGGUAGCGAGUAUUAUGAGUGCAGUCGUUAUAAGGAUAAUCCAUCAGUCGCUGCUGAAGCUAAUCAUGUAAAAGCAAGGAGAGCCUUAGAAAAGUAUUUGCAUUACUUUGAAAGGUUUGAAAAUCACAGCAAGUCUUUGAAACUCGAAGAGCAACUACGUGAUAAAAUCAAAAGAAAAAUUGAAUCCAAGGUGAAUGAGCAUGAUGGCACCUGGAUCGAUUGGCAAUACCUGUUAAAUGCUGUUUCAUUACUUACAAAAUGUAGAUAUACUUUACAAUAUACUUACCCCUUCGCCUAUUACAUGGAAAGUGGAGGCAAAAAACACUUAUUUGAGUAUCAACAGGCUCAGUUAGAGAAAGAAGUUGAAGAACUGGCAUGGGCAGUCGAACGUGCUGAAUCUACAUCUCGAGGAGCCUUAGAAGCUCACAUGCAUCGAGCCGAGCAUAAAAGAGUAACGUUGCUGCACAGUUUCUCGCAUAAAAAUCAGUGA